CAAGGCGCAGACAGCUGAGUCACUGAGUCAAACGCACACACACAAUCCAAACAUAGCUCAUGAUAAACAGGAAGAGUGUUGUAGUGCUGUUGUGUUGUUCUGACCUCCAGUAGACCGAGGGCGGCUGGCAGGAUGCUGACGGUAACGCUGAGGACGCUCCAGCAGCAGACGUUUAAAAUUGACAUUAACCCGGAAUUGACGGUCAAAUCAUUGAAGGAGAGAAUCGAGGAGGACAGAGGCAAAGAUGUGUUUCCAGCUGUGGGACAAAAGCUCAUUUAUGCAGGUAAAAUAUUGAACGAUGACACGCCGUUGAAAGAGUAUAAUAUCAGUGAAAAGAACUUUGUGGUGGUCAUGGUCACAAAGCCUAAAGCAGCCCCUCCCCCUCAAACAUCCCCAAAGUUGACACCCCAGUCAGCUCCGCCCCCCUCUUCCAUUUCCUCCUCAUCAGCAGCAACCUGUGUCCCCACACAAGAUCCCUCCUCGGCAACACACACGCUGGCUGCACCCACGCCAGCCCCACAGUUGUCAGAAGCUCUGCCCCCUCCCCCGAAAAACACCCCCACAACGUCUCCUGAGGACACCUCUCCGACACCGACUGCCGCCGCCGCACCCCCAACCCCCUCCUCUUCAACCACACCUCCUUCCAGCACCACCCCGAUGACCCCGGCAGAGCAGCUAGAGGAGAAACCGAAGGAGGAAGCUGAGAGUGAAACAUCUGUCCACUCAUCUGCUUCCAGCCUCGUCGAUGAGCUGGGCCUGCUGGAGGAAGCGGCGUCCAUACUUGUGACCGGCCAGGCCUACGAGAACCUGGUGUCGGAGAUCAUGUCAAUGGGCUACGAGCGGGAGGCGGUGGUGUCAGCUCUCCGGGCCAGCUACAACAACCCGGACCGGGCAGUGGAGUAUUUACUGACGGGUCUUCCCACUGAAGCAAGCGACGCGCUGCCCCAAGACACUCUGCCUCGUGACGCUCCAUCAGACACCGCCGCUCCCACCCCACAACCUCCACAGCCGCCAACAGCACCUGCAAACCGUCCUGUAUCUGGCAGCCAGCCCACCCCUGCCAGCGGAGGCUCUCCGUCCACAAGGAACCCUCUGGAGUUCCUGAGGAACCAACCUCAGUUCCAGCAGAUGAGGCAGAUCAUCCAGCAGAACCCGGCCCUCCUGCCCGCCCUCCUGCAGCAGCUGGGUCGAGACAACCCACAGCUGCUGCAGCAAAUCACGCAGCACCAGGAGCGUUUUGUCCAGAUGCUGAAUGAGCCUCAGGGUGGGGGCGAGGGCAUCGAACCCCGGGGAUCACCCCACGGCAACUACAUCCAGGUCACCCCACAGGAGAAGGAGGCCAUCGAGAGGUUAAAAGCGUUGGGCUUCCCAGAAGGGUUGGUCAUUCAGGCGUACUUUGCCUGUGAGAAGAAUGAAAACCUGGCCGCCAACUUCCUGCUGCAGCAAGCGUGGGAUGACGAGUAGUUGACUCCAUGCCACUAGGGGCUGCCAAAGUACAUUUCCUUUCCCAGCACGCGCUCAAACCGCACAGAUGGACGUUAGCCAUGCAGUGGCUCUGUGAUGAUGGCAGACCUCGUCGCCUUCACUCUCCAUCAGGCUUUGGUUAGUUUUGUGUGCAGAUGAUUUCAAUAAAUGCUGCCUUUGAUUGUUA